AUGGCUCACCUCAGCACCCUCCCCGCGCAGGCUAAGAGCGCCAUGCCCGGUGCGCGCGGCGCCUCGCCUCCGCAGCCGCAGCCUCCGCUGGAUCCCGCGGCUGGUGGCGCGCUCGCGGGAUACCCGUGGGAGAUGAUGGCCAGCCAGGGGUGCGCGGCCGCCGCGGUGCUGCCAGGGAUUGUUGAGCCCUCGUCCGCCUUUCCAGGGUGCUCGCACAGCGAUGCGGCCGGGUGGUCUGCUGGCGCAGGGGCGUGGGCGCAGGGUGGUUGGAUGCAGGGCGGCGGCGGCGCUUGCGGCGGCGCUUGCGGCGGCAGCUGCGGUACCAGCGGGGGCGUCGGCGGCUGCGGGGGCGAUGGCUUCGGCGCCUGCGGGGGCGACGGCUUCGGCGGCUGCCAGGCCUGCGGCGGGUGCGGGGCCUGCGCCAGUUGUGGGGUUUGCGGUGGCUGUGGGGCCUGUGGGGCCGGCUGUGGGGCCUGCGGCGGUGGCGGCUGCGGGGCCUGCAGCAGCUGCGGGGCCUGCAGCGGCGGCAGCGGCUGUGGCGGCUGCGGGGCCUACGGCAGCUGUGGGGCUUGCGGUGGAUGUGGGGCCUCCGGGGCUGGCUGUGGGGCCUGCGGCGGCGGCGGCGUCGGUUGCGGCGCCUGCGGCAGCUGCGGGGCCUGCGGCGGCUGUGGGGCUUGCGGGGCUGGUUGCGGGGCCUGCGGCGGCGGCUGCGGGGCUUGCGGCAGCUGCGGAGCUUGCGGCAGCUGCGGAGCUUGCGGUAGCUGUGGGGCCUGCGGGGCCGGCUGCGGGGCCUGCGGUGGCGAUUGGUUAUCACCACAGCAGCCAAUGCUUGGACCGCUGGCGCAUCAGCAGCAGCAGCAGCAGCAGCAGCAGCAGCAGCAGCAGCAGCAGCAGCAGCAGCAGCAGCAGCAGCAGCAGACGCUGGGGCCGGGUGGGGCCCAAACGAUGCUGCACGGCUGCUGGCCUCCGAUGGUGGGCAUGCAGGUAGGCAUGCAGGCCACUGGUCCCUAUGUCACACAGGCUGCUGCCGCUCCCCAGCAGCAGCAGCAGCCGCAGGAAAAACGGUAUUUCGGGACGAUCAAGCUGUUCAUCCAGGAGAAGAGCCAUGGCUUCAUCGAGUGCCCCGAAAUAAAAGCUAAGAGUGGGCAGGACGUGUACGUUCACUCUAGACAAAUGCACCGCUGUGAGGUGGGCGACGACGUCUACUUCGCGAUCAUCCGCAAUGCCAAGGGCGAGCCUCAGGCUAGGGAGGUCUGCCGGGCGAAGGACGAGGCAAAGUUCAUGGAAAAGAAAGAGCGCGACAAGAGGACGAACGAGGAGAAGCUGCUGGCCAAGCGCGGCGGCACGGCUGCUCUUGGAGCGGCCGCGGUCAUGGACGAGCAGCAGGCGAAGAGAUUUCAGCAGGUGCUCCGGGGCAACAGGCUGUGA